UCUCACUAUAUACUUGAUUAUUUAUAACUUCCUUAGCUUGUUCCAUCCUCUAAAACUUAAAAAAAUAAAAAUAAAAAAGAGAGGCAAAUGGAGGUAGAGCCCGUUGAGGGGGUUGGGGUUGGGGUUCGCGUUGGUUUUGUUAAAGUAAUGGUGUUAACACUAGUACUCAUAUCUCAAACUAAAAAGAUGGGUGUGGAAGCUGCUUGGUGCGUGGCUCGCAGUGGUGCCACCGACGAUGUGUUGCAGUCAGCACUUGAUUAUGCCUGUGUUGCUGGUGCCGACUGCGGCCCUAUUCAGCAGUCCGGUCUUUGUUUUCUGCCAAAUACACUCCAAGCACACGCCUCUUAUGCCUUCAAUAGUUUUUACCAGCGGAAUCAUAUGGCUGCUUCUUCUUGUUCGUUCUCCGGCGCUGCCACCCUUGCUCAGACUGAUCCGAGUUAUGGAUCUUGUGUCUACCCUGCUUCUCCCAGUACUGCAGGGACCAUAACAAAUAAUUCACCUCCAAAAAACCCGUAUGGAACAGCAUCACCGCUCACCCCCAUGACUACCUCACCCACAACCUUGGGUGGUUUUCCUGGAACUGGUAAUGGUGUGAAUCCCAACUAUAUGACCCCACCAAUUCCUACAGUCGAUGACUCAACAGCUGCCCCUAAGUUUUCAUUCGUUGCUACAUCACUUCUUUUGGAGAUAUUGUUGUUUCUAUUGCUACGAGUUGCAGCCUAUUAACGAGGCCGAGGGUAGAAAAGGAAGGAUAUUAAUGAAGGGGGUGUUGACACAUUUAUUGAAAAGAUCUAUGAUCUAUCUUUAGAAGAUGGAAAGUUGCAUCAUCACAAUUUUGUUUGAAGCUUCAAGUUGUUCCAUCCAAAUGAUGAACUUGUAAUUUCUCUUUUAUUGCUAUUUUAUUUCCUUAGUCUUGGAUACGUAGGAGCUAAAAGCCAAUCUCAUAUUUUGAGAUUAAGAUUUCAACAUUAUUGUAGUUUCGGAAAUGUAGGAGCUAAAGCUUACUACACCGGUGAAUAGUGAAUGGUGAAUGGCGACCGGUGAUGUGAUGACUGUAGGCAUUCAUGGAAAUGAUUGCCUAAUUAUAAGAUUGAAUAUCACUUGCAAUGGUUAAAUGUUAACUUUCACAAA